UCAACUUUAUGUAAUAUAAGUUUUCAAAGUUAAUGCACGUUAUAAACGACUAGACUUUAAUUAUGCUUUGAAAGAUUUUGGAAUAUAGAUAUUUUUCAGUUUUAACAUAAUUGAUAAUUAGAAGCAAUGAAAUUUACAGCUACGUUAUUUGCUAAAAUGAGCAAAUGGUCUAAUCAAUAUGCGAACUUACCAGAACGUUAUAUAAACCGUAUUACGGAACGUGUGUAUUGGAGACCUCCACCUGACAAGCCACAGUUUCGUAAAGAUAGAAGAAUCGAAGGGAGGAAAAAUUUGUAUUUUUCCAUUCAUCGACCAUGGACUAGUACUUUUCAAAUUGAAAAUUGGGUGCAGAAAGUCCAUCGAAAUAUUCCAAUAGAACCUAUAAAAUAUUGGAGUUUCUUUCGUGGUGAUCGGGUAGAGAUAUUAUUUGGGCCUGAUAAGGGAAAACAGGGAAUAGUGUAUGAUAUUAUACAGGAGAGAAAUUGGGUUAUAGUGCAGGGAUUAAAUACAAAGGCAAUAAUACGUAACAAGACAAAAGAUUUUCCUGGAAUUUGUAUACGUGUAGAACAACCGUUAUUAGUUACGAGCCAAGUUCUAUUGGUAGAUCCCUUCGAUUUGAAGGGGACUCCUAUAGAAUGGAGGUAUACAGAACAGGGUGAACAUGUAAGAGUAUCUUGUAGAACAGGCAGAAUUAUCCCUGUUCCUUUAUCAAAUCAAGAAACAGUAGAUUAUAAAGCUCCAGAAGUAUAUAAUGAACAACCUAAAGAUACCAGCGUAGACAAUGUAAAGGAACUAACAUUUGUAGCAGAGAUGAAAACGUUUGAAAUGGAUAUUAUGGACACAAUGGGUAUCGAAGAGGAUCGUGUGCCAAAGAAAUAUUAUUGGUAUUAAUUUUGUU